UGGUCCUUACAGGUACCCGUAGAUCUGACUUUAAAGUCAAAAUCCUCUUCCGUACCUUAGAUCUCACAACUUCUCAAUUCAUUUGCAUUAGAAAAGUGAAGCACGGUUUAAUGCUACAAUUAUAAAAAUGUCAAUGAAUAUAUGGACGCAUUGACUUAUGGGCGUGCUUUACGGCUUUACGGCGUGCUUACAGGGGGCCCAGGAUUGUCCGGCAGCAUUAUUCAGCAUAACACCGGCGGACGAAUGACGAAUUUACAAGGAGCUCCCGUUUGUUUUCCAUUUAGACUAACUAUGUUGGCAUUGAUUUGCUUUGUUCUUUCAUGCACACCGUGUUAUUCUUCAGUGACGAGGAAUGACAGACCAAUUAUUGGUGUUCUGGCUCAAGAGGUUCUCAUGCCUAAACUCAAUGAAGCCUCUUACAUCGCUGCCUCUUAUGUAAAGUUCCUGGAGUCCGCAGGGGCGAGGGUCGUACCUGUCAUGAUUGAUCAGACACCAGAGGAGUAUAAAACACUUUUCAACUCCAUAAACGGGUAAAAGUUGUAUCCCGGUGGAUCUGCCAGCCUCACCACGUCUGGUUAUGCAAGGGCUGCAAAAAUCUUUUAUGAUCUGGCCAUUGACGCAAACCAGAGAGGAGACUAUUUCCCUGUGUGGGGAACCUGUCUUGGAUUUGAGCAGCUGACCGUUUUGACAAGUGGAAAAAACCUUCUAGUAAAUACCAACACCAGUAAUAUACCACUGCACCUGGACUUCACCAACGAAACCGCAGACAGCCGGCUGUUUAAAGGCUUCCCCGCAGAGCUGAUGAAAGAUCUGGCAUCUGAGCCGCUGACAGCGAACGUUCACAAGUGGAGUAUCUCAGUGUCGACUCAUGAGACAAAUGAGGAGCUAAACAAUUUCUACAAAGUUCUGUCCACAAAUACAGAUGGAAGAGUUGAGUUUGUGUCAACAAUGGAAGCUUAUGAUUAUCCAAUUUACGGGGUGCAGUGGCAUCCAGAGAAGAAUGCAUUUGAAUGGAGAAAGCCUUACAUCCCACACUCUUCUUCAGCAGUAAAGACCACCUUCUACACGGCGGAAUUUUUUGUCAAUGAAGCCAGGAAGAACUUGCACAGAUUUAACUCAGAGGAGGACGAGAGACAAGCCCUGAUAUACAACUACAGUCCCGUUUACACUCAGCUUAAUAGCAGCUUCGAACAAAACUAUUAUUUCUGAUUUAUGCGGAUGGCUGCUUGAAUUCGCUUCUCAGCCUCUGAUUGGCUGUCUCAAUCCCGUGACUUGUGAAUGUUUGCACAUGAUUUGCACUGCACACACUGUUUAUCCUGUUACCGAAGAGGUUGUAGACUGUGAAUACAAUAGAUGUAACCUGUAUAAAAAAAUAUGAGCUUAUACUUUCCAUUUACUAUGUAUUCAAUGACUAUGUGUAAUAUAAAAAGGAUCAAGUGAUGCGAUGAACUGAAAAAGGAAAUUAAAAUCAAACUCAGGCUUAGCUUUGUCAGCCAUUUCUUUUUUUUUUAUCUUCUUUGGUUUUACAAACCUGUUGGCAUUUUGUUAGCAGCAAGCUUGUGUCUUAUUAAAGACCAAAGCGAUGGUUAAAAAGAGAAAAUAAUCUGUACAUACAUUUGAUUUGUCAACAGUGAACAGACCCUUACUUAAUGCUAAAGUAGCCUUGUUGUAAUUCACGUACCAGGAUGCACUUGUUUUUAGAUGACAGGUAAACUCUUUAUACAGCAAUAUUCUCCAAUGGCCCGCCAACCACCACCACAAGAGCAUCAAAAAGAAUAGGCAAAAAGAGACCGAGGGCUGAUAAAAUAUCUAUUGUUUUAUUCUAACAUUGACCUUCAUGCCACAGUCUGACAUCAAUCUCCUUCUAUGCUUUGGAUAACAAAGUUGAGCGUCUUGAAAAAGUCUUCGAUAACUGGCAGGAAAGUUCAACGUUUGCCAUUUUGCAUUUGUAAAGUCCAACUUCAACUGAAUUCAAGGACAGCAACAGGAGAACAGAAAUGAAUAGUCAGAUGUAUCUUCCAAAAUGCUUUAUGCACAAAUAACACUCAGGUAAUAUUGUUUCUCUCAUUUUUUUUUCUUUUCUUUUUUUUUUUUUUUAGAACAAAAUGAUAUUUGAAUAACAUUUACACAUCAAGCUGACGAGACUGGGAUCUCAAUCACAAUAGUACUGGAAAUGUAAUUAAUGCAAUCCAGUAAGGAACAUUCAAGAUGUCAAAAUGACCAAGUGGAACUGAGCUAUCAGGGCGAGUGCUGCAAUUAACCUCGUAACAUGCACUGAAACGCAACACAAAUGGCCAUUCUAAUAAGAAAUUAAAAUCAUGGGAAAUUAAACAUGUGCCUCAAGAAAUU